UUGAGUCGUUUUCUUCUCCUUUCUCGUCUCGUCACUCUCCUUCUUACCCACUUCUUCCCAGCCCGGAAGUUGUUACCGACGGCGUAUCAUCAAAACAGAGCCUCGCCGGUGAAAGAGAAGAUGAAGAUAUUUGUCAAAACACUGAAGGGGGAUCGCUUCGAGAUCCAAGUCAAUCCAGAGGAUUCGGUCGCUGAUGUGAAGAAGGACAUAGAAACCGUACUGGGAGUUACUGCUGCAGAACAAGUGCUUAUUCACAAAGGGAAAGUGCUUAAAGAUGUGACAACAGUAGAGGCAAACAACGUUUCCGAGAAAAGCGUUAUUGGCGUUAUGAAGAGAAAACCUGCAUCUACCGGAACGUCUGAUAACCUUACAGCUCAGGUUACUCCUACUGAACCUGCCUGGGAUGCUGCAUCAAAUGGGAGCUAUGAAAGUGUCUCAGAGAGUAACAUUCGGCAGAUUCUUGAGAUGGUCCGUGGAUUCUGGAGCCGUGAAGUGGUUGCCUAUGCACUCUGUUUGGCAUAUAAUGACCUUAAUAAAGCUUUGGAAUAUCUUUACUUUGGGAUCCCGGUGCAGAGUGAAGAUCCUUACAUAACGGAGAGCACACAGGAAGAUGAUAGUCAAGACUCUGUAGCUCCUGAAGUAGCAGACCUAGAUCGGUCACUUGAUUCCUUGCGCAACAGCCCAGAGUACGAGUAUCUACGAGCUAUGGUGCAGUCAGACCCUAGUCUCCUAAAGGAUGUUUUGGAGAAUAUAGAGAAAGAAAACCCAUCACUGUUUCAGUUGAUUCAAGACCACAGAGCAGACUUCUUCAUACGCUUAUUACUGGAGAAGCCUCGGGAACUCCAGGACGACGACGUCUUACACUUUCAAAGCAACGAACCAAACAACGGAGGAGAUAGUGGCAACCAAGUGGGAGAGUCUGAAGAAACCGAAGUUGAUGAGCCUCGGGAACUCCAAGCAGACCAAACCAACGAACCAAACAAAGGAGGAGAUGGUGGCAACCUGGUGGGAGAGUCUAAAGAAACGGAAGUUGAAGUCGCCACCCCUGAGGAUUAUGAAUUGAUCGAACGGCUGGAAGCAUUGGGAUUUGAGAGAGGUGAUGCGGCGGUGGCGUACUUCGCUUGCAACAGGAACGUCCAAGUGGCUGCAAACCAUCUUCUCGGUUACAAGCACGAGUCUAGACGACAAUAAGACCACACUAUACCAAACUA